GGUCCUGUCAGUCAAGGAGGAAGAAUCUUCCGUCGCUUCGAGCUCGGCACCUGGCCCUGUGGGAAAGGAAGCCCGAUCCUUGCUGAGGUGAGCGGGAGCGGUUUGGUGGGAGUAGGGCCCACCCUGGCGAGAAGGACGAGGGAAUUCGGCCUGGACGAACAUGAACGAUUGGAUGCCCAUCGCCAGGGAGUAUGACCCGCUUAAAGCUGGCAGCAUUGAUGGCACCGACGAGGACCCACAUGAUCGAGCUGUCUGGAGGGCGAUGCUGGCACGAUAUGCCCCCAACAAAGGCGCCACAGGAGACCCCCUCCUCACCCUGUUUGUGGCGAGACUAAACCUGCAGACCAAAGAGGAGAAGUUAAAGGAAGUAUUUUCCCGCUAUGGGGACAUCCGGCGGCUUCGGCUGGUGAGGGACUUGGUCACGGGCUUUUCGAAGGGCUACGCCUUCAUCGAAUACAAAGAGGAGCGUUCUCUGCUCAAAGCUUACCGGGACGCCGAUGGCCUGGUUAUUGACCAACACGAGAUAUUUGUGGACUAUGAACUGGAAAGGACUCUCAAAGGGUGGAUUCCUCGGCGACUUGGAGGAGGCCUGGGGGGGAAAAAGGAAUCUGGGCAGCUGAGAUUUGGGGGGCGGGAUCGGCCUUUCCGAAAACCCAUUAAUCUGCCAGUUGUUAAAAGCGACCAGUUUCGAGAGGGAAAGAGGGAGAGAAGGGAGCGAUCUCGAUCCCGAGAAAGACACUGGGACUCCAGGACGAGGGAUCGGGACCAUGACAGGGGCCGGGAGAAGAGGUGGCAGGAAAAAGAAUCAACUAGGGUGUGGCCAGAAGGUGACUGGGACAGAGAGAGGGACUUCAGAGAUGACAGGGUCAAGGGGAGGGAGAAGAGGGACAGAAGUAAGUAGACUCCAUCCCCUGCCAAACCCAAACGAAGGUACCCGACCAGUAAAAGCGCAGGGAGACCUGCACUGCUUGUAUACAGAAUCCAAGUCCAGUGGUUGAAUAGAACUUACUGAUGAAAACAAAAACAAAACAGAAGAAACUUA